AUGAGUCAUGGUUCUGAAUUUGUUAAUAAUUCUGAUUUUGCUUCUUCUUCAGUCGUUGCAAAGAAUUCCAGGGAAGCUUGUGAUUUUGCUUCUUCUUCAGUCGUUGCAGAGAAUUCCAGGGAAGCUCGUGAUUGUGACGAACCAAAGAAUAGUGAUCUGCCAUCGGAGAAUAAUAGUCAUCAACCUAAAAAGAAGUCCCGUUUAGUAUGGUCGACGGAACUGCACCUUCGGUUUCUUAAUGCUAUCAAACAAAUUGGACUUUCCAGGGCUGUUCCAAAGAAAAUUCUUGAAGUCAUGAAUGUCUCUUAUUUGGAAAGAACACACGUUGCUAGCCAUUUGCAGAAGUACAGAAAAUUUUUGAAGGCGAAAUCUGAUAAAGUGAUAAAGAGACGGCCAAAGGAUGAAAAGUCAUUGGUUUGUGUGAAUACUUCAGAGAAUUCAGAACCACUUGGGAUGGGUGCAUAUGGAAGAAUUCCCUUACAAUCUCUCCCUUCUAAUAGAAGACCUCCUCUUCAUCCUUGUACCACUGGUAAUAUGGUACCAAAAAGGAACCAACAAUACGAUCCAAAUAUACAAUUGACUAAUAAUUUUCAUACAGAACAAAAGUUGGCACAUGCUCCUCCUCUGCCACCCUUUCCUAACACUAACACUCCCCAUAAUUUUCGACAGUCCAUGGGGACUCUAGACCAGGCAUCUAGAUAUGGAGUAUGGCCUCCAUCUCAUACAGUUUUAGUUGAAAAUCAGUCUAUGCUUCAGAGAAAUAAUAUUCAUCAGUCAAUGAUGCAUCCUCCUCCGAUUCAUCCAAUCAAUUUUCAGUCAUCUUCCAUGAUUUUCCGUGAAAACCCUUUCACCCAGAAUCACUGCUUUGGCAUGAAUGUUGAUCAUAGUUUGUUACCUCCUCAAUCCAGUAGAAACUCAGUUGGUUUUGUUCAGAGUCAAGGUGGAAACAACACAAAUGAAGCCAUUCUCAGUCGGUUUGCUGCUGUUUACCCGCAUAAAAAUGCGGGUUUGCAAAGUGCUGCUGUGAGAUCUUAUGCUGCAUCAAUGUUUGAUACACAAGUUCCCUAUGAUUCUGCAAGUUAUUUUAGCAAUCAACAUUUCUCCACAAAUAUUGUUGAGAAAACAAUCAAUGAUACUUGA